GGCGCAGUCGUUCGCCCAGGCUUUGGCCCGGCUUCCGGAGAAACAAAACAUUCCAGAUAGAAUUGAAGUUACCCAUGCCUCCUUGCCAUUUAUCUUCCCUUCCUACCACCAGAGGAAGGUGGGAGUCAAUCAUUUUGACAGUUCUCCUGAAAGGAACAGCCAGCAGGAGUUGAAACCUUUUUCUAUUUGGUCUUGUGGCAAAGGCAGAGAUUGCUCCAGCAGCUCCACACAAUAUGACGUGCUCACUAGUGCCCUCUGAACAGUAUUCUGGUACCUCUUUUUUGCCUAAAGACAGUGCCCCAUUUUCUUGGGGUUCCUUGGAUGAAGAUGGAUUGGAUGACUCCUUAUUGGAGCUUUCUGAUGGAGAAGAAGAUGAUGGCCAUUUCAGCUUCACAGAGGAAGAGAUUGAGGUGCUCUUAAAGGAUGAUGAUGAUGAUGAGCAUGAUGACAGUGGAGGGAGAGGGAGUCAAAUUCUAGCUGAUACCCCCCAAGAAAAAAAUUCACCGUGCAACUUGGGAUCGGAAGCUAAGACCCCUGGCCUCUACCAAACUACCUCAGUUGAUCAUGGACCAACUCCUACAAAACCACUAAACAGAUGCUUUGUACUAGAAAAGAAUCUUAUAAAAGUAACUGUUGUUCCACCAUUUAAUCCAACAGUUUGUGAUCUUAUGCUUAGUAAGGACAAGGCUGAUUUAUCCAAAGAUAAUGGAAAACCCUCCUCCCUUGGGGAGCAGAUGAAAGAAGAUGAUAAUCUUGGUCCAAAUGAGAGUAAAUUUUGCUCUGAAUCUGAGGGGAUGAGCCCCAAUAAUUCUGCCUGUGAUGGGUCCCUGCUCUCUUCUUCAAACAAUAACUUUCAGCAAACUAUCUCUGACAAAAACACAUCUGGCAGUAAGAAACCUAUACCUGUAUUGUCUCAGAUUUCAAACCAUACAGAGACUCCUAAUACAGGGUCAUCCUGGAAAAAUGGUGGAUCACAUAAAUCAAGUUGUGAAAUGAGAUUUCCGGUUGUUUCCAGUUCAUCAAACAGAGAUUCUGGGGAGAUGAAAGUCCGUGAGAGAAGACUACUAGGCAAAGUCAUUCCUGUUCUACAAACCAAAACCAGGACUAACGUUCCGACGUUUUCACAGUCAGAUCUAGAAAAAAAGAAGGAAAUUUAUCUCAGCAGAGUCAUUGCUCAUAUAGAAGACCCAGGGGACUCUAACCAAGGUACUUCAGGGGAACUAGAUACCCUGAUGGAUCAAGUUCACAUGCAGAAUCCAGACUGGCAGCAUCCUUCGGAUCUCACCACACGAAAUUAUGCACGGUUCCGACAGAAACCUCUGCAAAGAUACAGUCUGACUCAGUGGGUUGACAGGAACAAGCGAAGCCACCAUCGGUUCCAACGUCUCCCAGAUUUCUCAUAUAGUCCAUGUGUCUCAUCUCAUCAGCAUUGAAGGUCCCUAUCCAGGGUUGUGUCCAGAGAAGCAUCUCAUUUUCUUCUGCUGUUUCGUGCUUUGUAUAUUUUGAAAUUUAUUUUUCGUAAGAUUUUUAUUUAAAGAACUUGUCACCUUUUAGAAAUGCCCAUUGCUGACUUGAAUUUUUUUUUAUAUAAAGACCCUUCUGACUUUGUGUUUGUCUAUGUGUAUUUAAGCAGUGUUAAGUUGAUACAAUUUUUUUUUUAAAUUUCUUAUUUAAAUUGAAGGUAGCUGCUUCCUGAAGGCCAGCAUUAAGCCAAAAUACCCAGGUUCAACAAAACACUCACCUCUGUGCAGAGAAAGCCUACUUCUGGUGCCCAAAAGAAGUCAUCUUUUAAUCUACUGUAAGGAAGAGAUUCUUUACCAGGCUACGCACCAGAGUUAAUUAUUGCUGAUGACUUGUGAACAGAUAUAAGUGACUUUUACCAACCCCACUUUUAAAAUCUGAAUCUCUGAAUACCUGUCAGUAUUUUAAAGUUGGCAGUCAGGUCAUUUGAAGUAGAGUAGAAAAGGAGAAAUACCCUGUUGAAAGGAUAAAUUAAAAAUAUAAAUGCCUCUCCUUUCUAUACCUAUUAGUUGCUAUUACUAUUAUUAUUAUUAUUGGCCUUUUUCAUUCUCUGUUCAAUUUAUUUUCCAUAUACUGUUUACAGAUCUUAUACAUCUUAACUAACAGAAGACUGAUGACUAACCCCCAUUGUGGUAUUGUGACUGUCUUUUCUGCCGUUCUUCAAGGAUUUUCCUUUUUUUGUUUGAUUCCCAGUAACAAUUCUACGUAGGGUUCUACAAACAGUAUUUCUGUAUCAUGUUAGACUUGCCUCCUCUCCUUAUUGAAGAGUUGCCCACUAGUCUUGACUAGAUGACAGCCAGUGCUAUUGAAGUGUUCAUCUUCUAAACCCCAACUUUAAGUAUGUGUGUUAGUCAAAGAACCUCCUUCCCAUGGGAGCCUUUUGGAAAGGUACUCAUUAGUCUCCAUUGUUGAUUAACAGGUACUUUUAGACCCUAGAUGUAGAUGUUACUAUCUCAUUCCAGCAGGCCCCUAAUACGUGGUUUCAUGUAACUGCUCAAGUGGGUCUAACAGAAUUGAUUGAGCCUGUGCAUAAAAGCAUUAUUUGAUCUUAAGGUUUGGAAUUCUAACCAAACUUGAUAGAUUUUGUGCAUCUUUCUUAAUGGAUGUCUUAGGAGUUUGUUAUUCUUUCUUUAUAGACAUCUCUAAACGUUUUUGGAAGGUUUUACAGACUGGCAUUCACACUGCUAUUUGUCUAUGAAAGUUGUUCAUAGUCGCUGUAACCUCUGUCUGGUUUUGUUUCAUCAGCUCCAUCUUUGUAUGUGAGUAACCCGUCUUAAACAUCCUACCCCAGUUUAGAAACUGACUUGGGAAAAGCUUGGUCAUUCAACCCUCCAAUAAAUUUGGAUAGAUGUUCCUAAAUGUUUACUGUUUUUAUCUAGUGAAGGAUUCUCUUUUCCUUAGACAUUUGUUUUAGAUUCUGGAACUGGAAUUAAAUGGAGAAAUUCCAUUCAAAUAUGUAGUCAGAAUUUAUCUCAGUUAGCAUAAUUGGCAUUUAUAUCAUUGGUCACUUCUCCAAACUGCUCUAAAUUAGCCUGAUGGAAUGAAACAUGCCAAACAUGCUUUAGAACCAAAGCAUAGUUAAAAUUAAAUGCAUUGCAGCUGUCACACAUAACUCAAGGAAUAAAAGGACAGCAUUUUGCUUAGACAAAAAUCUGAGAUGUUUUUGCCCUGCUGGUACAAGAGGGCUUAAGAUUGAAUGUGUAAUGAGAGAAUUGCCUUUGCCAAAUCAAAUGAGUGACAGGUUAACUAGAAAAUGUGACAAUCACAUUUCCUCUUAGCUCAAGUAAUUCUGUUUUUCCAAAGCUUUAGCAGCUUAAUUAAAUCUGUUGGACUGGGGGAGGAGAGAGCUGUUCUCUAGUGGUUAACAUGGUAUUCUUUAAGAAGAAAAAGCCAAAGAAAACUCAUUAUCUGGCAUGUUCGCCUUAAAGAUGGUAAUGGAUAGAAUCUGGAAUUUUAAUCCUUUUUCAAAGCUGUGUAUAUUUUACAUUUGGUGUUGGCCUCUAAGUCUAGUAUUUCAGGUGUAAUUCUUGCUGUAUUUUUAAAUUUGAGUAAGGGUUAUGUGUAUUUAACUGCCUACUUAGAUUUCUUCAACCAUGAUGACAUUCUCACCACAGGGGUCUUGACAAAGCAGAGUAAAAAUGUGCUGUUUAGUUUACUUAUAAUGAGCCUGAAAUAACCUGUAGUUUUGCAUCUAAUACAGGCUCUGAUUUACUUGCGUUGUUGUCAGGAUCAAUUAUGAAACUGAAGUUUGGUGCCUCUUUAUCAUGUUUUUCCCUUGUAGCAGUUGUGUUUAAUGUCAUUAAAAAGAAAUAAAAGUUCUUGUCAGUGGCAUAUGUACUGUGACCGUCUGUUGCGGGCUUUGGAGGAGGGUUAUUUGCCUUCCUCCUUUGUGUAGAUAGAUUAGUGGGAUAUGGGAGUGG